CAAAACGUUUUUAAUUCACUCGUAGAAACGGCGGAGUAGCAAGACGUUCUCCGUCGCGGAAACAAACAUAUAUCAAAAAAAUAAAAAAUAAAAUCAAAAGUGAUCGGGGGUUAAUAGCAUCGGCGGCAAUUAAGCAAAAAAAAACAUAUUAACAUAAAAUAGCUGACAGCUUGGAAACAAGCGACAAAUAGAUCGGACAAAACAAUGCAAUCAUGGUUACGUAUAUCCUUGCUCUUGUGCACAUUUGGUUUUUUUCGCGAAAUGCGUCCAUCCGAACCGUUUGUUGUCGAAUAUCUUACCGGUCCGGAUCGUAAUAUAACAAGUGAAGAAUUGAAUCGUGAAAUCUAUCCGUUCGGAACAUAUUCCGUACUCGUCCAGCUUGUUAUUGUGUUUCUAAUCACCGAUAUUUUACGAUAUAAGGCAAUUAUUAUUGUUUCCGCUCUGUCGGGCAUUGUUCUCUUCGGCAUUUUGCUGUGGACUCGCACCGUAUGGGAACUAUUAAUAGGUCAGGUAUUCUAUGGCACCUUUAUGGCUAGCGAAGUAGCCUAUUAUACGUAUAUAUAUGCAAAGGUGGAAAAAUCUCGCUAUCAAAUUGUCUCCGGUCAUACGCGAUCGGCAAUAUUGUGUGGCAAGUUUUUGGGCGGUGUUUUGGCCCAGGUUCUGGUAUCAACUGAUACUUUGGAUUAUCGUGAAUUACAUUACAUAUCGUUUGCUUCACAAAUCUUAUCACUAUUCGUGGCGAUUGCACUGCCGAGUGUUAGCCAAAGUAUAUAUUUUUAUAAGACGACAACUGAUGUUGAUGGUGUUGGCGCUGUUGAUGAUGGUAAUAAAGAUAAAGGUGAAAACAUUGAAGGAACGCCACAACAAAUCCAAUCGCCUGAUGAAUUGGAAAAUGGAUGUGCCGCGGAGAACCACAAUAAUAAAAUUGUUGAGCGAAGUGACUCAUCGACCAGCAAUGAUGUUCAACCGAAAUUCUCCUGGAGAAAUGCCUCGCGACUUCUGCUGCAACAUACUGUGAGUGCCUACACAAAUCCCACGGUCUUAAAAUGGAGCAUUUGGUGGGCAUUGGCCACAUGUGGUCAACUGCAAGUUAUUUCAUAUGCUCAAAUUCUAUGGAAAGAAAUCGAUGAAAAUCACGAGAGUUACUAUAAUGGUGCCGUCGAGGCGACAGUUACUCUGUUAGGUGCUGUUGGUGCGAUGACUGCGGGCCUUAUGAAUGGUGUCUUUCGUUCUCAGUGGAUUCUAACAAUAUGUUCGAUACUCAUGGGAGCAUUUAUGAUAAUAUCGGCUGUAACGAAUAUCCUCUGGGUGGCAUAUGCCAUGUAUGUUAUGUUCGGUAUUUUGUAUUUCUUUGUCAUAACCAUAGCCAGUGCCAUAGUGGCACGUAAUUUAAGCGAUGAUAGUUUUGGUCUAAUAUUUGGCAUAAAUACUUUAAUAGCUCUUAUACUGCAAACAAUUUUGACAUUAGUUGUUGUUACCGAUGCCGGUUUGGGUCUAUUGCCACGCGACCAAUAUAUUGUAUAUGGUUCAUAUUUUGUAGUAUUAGCUAUAAUUUUUGUAGCCGUUGUUAUUGUAGAGCAAUUUACGAAAUGUACAAAGAAAUCGAAAGAUUUGGAUGUGAAAUCUAUUCAAUAAUUUUCGAAUAGAGUUAUACAAAUAUUUCUAUUAACAACAUUCUUUAGACAUUGAACGACAAAUCAGGGAUUUUUACAUCUAGUAUAUAUUCCUCAUAUUGUAUACGUUGUUUUUUUUAUAGUUUUAAGUAUAUAGGUUUAUCGAAAUAUUUUUAUUUUUAACAAUAAAAAAUAUGAAAAGAAAUGUCGU